CGUUUAAUUAUAGGAUUCUAAGUGCGUUAGUAUCAUGCAAUGUAAGCCCUAUACAAGCAUCCAAGGCGCUUACUUUGGGGUCUCAAACAAUGCCCCUGUAGCAUCAGCCCUGUCAACUAGAUCUCUAAGUACAUCGCGACCCAAAUAAAGUCCCUUAUUAUAGGUGAAUUCCAACUUCUUCUGCUCGAGCUCUACAACAAGACCCUGGCGAUGAGGCGGCUGAUAUAAUGGCUCGGGGAAUCGCAGGAUGGUAUAGGAAAACCAACAAACGACACCUAGUCCUCAAAAUAUGCGUACCAAUAUCUGUCACACUCAACGUUAUAAAGGUUUUUGUGAUAUGUAUGGAUUUGGCUUCCUGGUGGAGUGUCCUCUUACAAGAGUCCAGAGCCGAUGCCGAUAUCACAACAUUCGCGGCGCCCAGGGACAUUCCCAAUCGAGAUGUCCGACACGCACUCGGUAGUAUUAUUAUUAUACUUGUCAUCCAAGUCCCUACUUCCAUACUACAUAUGGCAUACUUCGUUUUCUUCUGGCACCGUAAGGGCAAGACAUACCGACGCAGUGCCAUCCUCGCCGCACUAGGAACUCUUGCGAUUAUCCUCGCGGGUAUCGUUUUAGGUCUAUCUCAAACAGCCGCAGGAAAGCCCAUCGACAUCGACAAGACGCUGCAAUUAUAUCCCAAGCUGAGCGCGCAGCAAGUCCAAGAGGAAUACGAUAGCUUCAUGCAUAGUCUUUUAAUGACCGCUCAAUUCGUCCUCGCAGCCUCGACCAUCGAUUCCUUGGUGCAGGAUAUUAUUAUUGCUUUCUGGAUUUGGCUUCUACCAUCUUACUGGCGGAUACCGGACCAGUACGAGCCCGUUGUCGUCAAUAAGACGGGGAAGAGGCAUCGGUUAGAGGGCGUGUCAUACUCCUACUUGCCUGAGGUUGAGGAUCGAGCGGAUAUCCCAGGUGAUUCUCUUGCUGCGCUCUUUAGAGAGCAUGAAAAGAUAAGGAUUCUAGAGCGAGCUAAGCCUGUUGAUAAAAUCAAUGAGAAUCAAGGUACCGAUGUAGUAGAUCCCAUACUGGCCCCGGGAACAGCGUCCAGGUCUUCAAGUGGCCCACGGUUUAACCCCGCUGUCUAUUACUGGGCGAGGAAAUACAACAGCCACGGGCUCAAGUACUUUUUGUGGUUUGCAGGAAUUCUUGAACUUGCCCUAUUUGCCCUCAAGGUCUCCGCGUUUUCUCUGAGCUGGGCGAAUAAUCUAUGGCUCAGGUGGUCUUCUAUUCUAGGUCUCUGCUCUGCUUCCAUAAUAGUCGUUUUGCUCGUCACCUUGGCGUUUUCGAUUCGGCGCCGUACCCCGCUCGACUGCAAGCUCUUUGGUGUCGUAAGGCUCGACGUACUGCUUUAUUCGACCUUUUUGCUAGAGUGGCUUCUAUCGGAGAUUUGCUAUAUCGAUUACUUGGUCCUACAGAAUACUUCCGAGUACGAGCAGUUCGCUGAAGCGUUACGGGUAGAAGACGCAAGGCGAUACGAGACUCUUAAAACGGUGGUCAAUAUAUACGUCGUCGCCCUUGUUUUCUCGCCGGUACUGGUUGUCUGGGCGAUAUACCUUGUCAUACAAAUAACGAAGGGGAAUAAAUUAAAAUAUCAUUUCGUUAUUUAAUAAUAAGAUAUAUACAGAUAUAUAUAUCUUAGAGAGCUGGGGUUUUAAUGUUUUCUUCUUUUUUUUUAAAAAAAAAAUAAUGUCUAUUGUGUCCGUUGUUGCUAAAGUCAACGUUGUGAGUCGUAGCAGAACCAAAC